UCUCGUUCAACCAGACUCUUGUUGUCUGGGCAGGAAUGGCGUUUACCACUGAGAGCCGAGUAAAUUUUCGUGUUGUAAGAUUUAUGUAUGAAGCUGGUCAGAGGCUGCGACUGGAGUCUGUUCCGCUAGCUACUGCUGCUGUCAUUUACCACAAGUUUUUCAAGGAAAAUUCCUUACACGACUAUGAUCCUUAUACAAUAGCCACAACUGCAAUAUACCUGGCAGGAAAAGUGGAAGAACAACAACUGAAACUACGAGAUGUUGUGAACGUCUGUUACAGGACACUACAUAAGAGUAAGCCUCCGCUGGAGAUGAGCGACAAGUACUGGGCCCUGCGGGAUUCUGUAGCCAGCUGUGAACUGUUUGUCCUUAGAAUGAUGAACUUUAAAGUGGUGUUUGACCAUCCACACAGAUACCUUCUACAUUACCUGAAGUUCAUCAAAGACUGGUUUGAGCCUUAUCGAUGGGAGGAUUUGCCAAUAGCUAGAACAGCUUGGGCACUACUACGCGACUGUUACCAUGGCAGUGUCACGCUGAAAUACAAACCAGAUCAUAUUGCAGUGGCCAUUUUAUAUAUGACACUACAAUGUCACGGAGUGGAUGUUCCUUAUCACUACCAGUCAGAUACUCCAUGGUGGAAGGUGUUUACCGAGGACGCUACAAUAGGAAACUUAAAGGAUAUCAUGAGUGACCUUAUUGACAUUUACGAUCUGGAAACGUCUGUGCAACCAUGAAGAUUGGAUUAGAUCUUUUGCCUUGAGAAAAAAGAUGUCAUUGUUGCUUGGGUUCUACAACAAAUUCAUUCGACUGAAGUAAUUAUCACGAAGUUCCGAAUUUUUAACAGACAGGAGUGUCGAUAUAAAGCUCAGGCCUGCUUCCUGUGGCAACCCCAGUGGAUCAACAUCACCAACCAUCAAGUUUCUACUUACGACAGACAGCCAUGUCAGCAUAAAUAGAGCACAGGCCUUGUUUUCUGAUAGCUCCAGUUGACCUAUAGAUGUCUAAGACGUACAGGU